AACUCCCAAAAAUUUUGUUGUUGGGAGAUUGAGGAACAAGAUGGUUCCUGUGAAGAAUGGAUUGAUUGGUCAAGUCAUUAUGUAAUAAGAUGGUUUUGUUAUGUAGUGUUCUCGACUUUAUUUGCAACAAUAUGUGCCUAUAUGAUACGAUCUUAUGCUCCGUAUGCUGCAGGUUCUGGUAUUUCAGAAAUUAAAUGUAUUUUGGCUGGAUUUGUGAUGAAAGGUUUCUUGGGAGGGCGUACAUUGCUAUUUAAAAGCGUUUGUUUGCCGUUAGCUAUCGCUUCCGGAUUAAGUGUAGGAAAGGAAGGUCCCUCUGUACAUACGGCAGCUUGUGUAGGAAAUGUCGUAUCGAGAUUAUUCGGAAAAUAUACGAGGAAUAAAGCAAAAAUGCGUGAAAUUCUCUCCGCUUCAUGUGCAGCGGGUGUAGCCGUCGCAUUUGGUUCUCCCAUUGGAGGAGUUCUUUUUUCUUUUGAAGUAAAUAGUUUCUUUUAA